CGAGGGAGACAGGGCCAUCCAGCGGGCCCAGCUGACGAGUGUCAACAACAUGGCGGGUGAAGUCUGACGUGCUGGGCCGACUUCGGAUGUUGCAAUGGCAUCUUCGUAUUUUCCAGGCUCAGGAGAUAUUAUUAAUCUUAAUGUUGGCGGGCAAAGGUUUAGUACAUCAAGGCACACACUAACAUGGGUUCCUGACACAUUCUUCACCUCAUUACUGUCUGGUCGUAUAUCAACUCUGAGAGAUGAUUCUGGUGCUAUAUUCAUUGAUCGUGACCCAUCACUCUUCAGCAUCAUUCUCAACUACCUUCGGACAAGGGACCUUAAUAUGGCAAUUGUAGAUAUAAGUGCUCUAAGACAUGAAGCAGAGUUUUAUGGCAUAGCCCCAUUAGUAAAGAGGCUGAUGCUAUGCCAAGAUUUGCAUCACUCAUCCUGUGGAGAUGUACUGUUUUGUGGAUAUCUUUCUCCUCCAAGCAUUCCUGUUCAAGAGCCACCAGCAUCUUCAACUUCAGAGUCACGCCCAUCGAACAGUGCAAGUAAUAGCAGUAGUACUUCUUCCAGUAACAAUGCUACUAGCAACACUAAUACUGUUUCCUCUGGGGGAAGCAUACGGACUGGUGCUGAGUUUGGUGGUGCAAGUGGAGGGGUGCCUGGCCCUGUUGCUGUGCCCAGGCCAGGACACUCACGAAAUUCCUCUCUUGACAUGAGGUCUAAUCCUCCUCAGCUAGUUGGACAAGGUCUUCACAGUGGUGUGUACCCUGGUCAUAUAUCAAGAAGCUCAAGUGAUUUACGUAGUCAUGCAGCACGAACACACUCCAGAACACCAUCCAUGGACCUGAGACACUCCAGAAAUUCUUCAGCUGAUCUCAAUAAAUUUUUCAAGAAUGAAAUCAAUGUUCUGAAUAAUGCGGGACCACCUGGGUCAGCUUGGGUUGACCCCUUGCGAGUUCGAAUGGUCAAGGCUCAUCAUAAUUGGAUCUUAGUUGCUUAUGCUCACUUUGUUACAUGUUACAGUGCUGUGAAUCGUUGGAAUAAAGACAGUACAGGCUGGCAGUUGGCAUUCACCUCUCCAUAUAUUGAGCAACUAAUUGAAAGAGUUGCACUCAAUGCCAAGCUUUCUCCACCAAGUCAAGGUGGAGAGGCAGGACAAAAGAUGCUUGCAAUAUCUUAUGCUUCUCAUAUUCGAUUGUGGGGUAUUGCUGAAGAUGGAAGCAAAAAUGAUAUUGGAACCUUUAAUUUGAAGGUCUCAGUGGAGUAUCUCUUUUUUAUUGGGUCUCAACUAGUAGCUCUUUCAUCUGUUGGUAAGAUUGGUGUGUGGCAUGCCAUGACUCAACACUGGCAAAUCCAAGAUGUGCUGCCUAUAGCAUCCUUUGAUACUGCUGGCUCCUUCUUACUCUUGGGGUGCACCAAUGGUUCCAUAUAUUAUAUUGAUAUGCAGAAGUUUCCAUUGCGGAUGAAGGAUAAUGAUUUACUUGUAACGGAACUCUACCAUGACCCAUCAAAUGACAUCAUCACUGCUAUCUCUGUGUAUCUCACACCAAAAACAAAUGUUUGUGGAAAUUGGAUUGAGAUAGCUUAUGGCACCAGUUCUGGGACGGUGAGGGUCAUUGUGCAACACCCAGAAACAGUGGGACACGGGCCUCAGCUCUUCCAGACUUUUACUGUCCAUAGAUUUCCUGUUACAAAGGUUACUUUGUCUGAGAAGUUGUUGAUAAGUGUGUGCAGUGAGUACAAUCAUGUACGCACCUGGUCGGUCACUAGGUUCAGGGGAAUGAUAUCAACUCAGCCAGGGUCAACUCCUCUUUCUUCCUACAAAAUUCUCACAAUUGAUGAAGUUGAUCCCAACAUAUAUUAUGCAAUUGCAAAUGAUUGUGGCCCAUAUGGUGAACAAGAUGAUGAACAAGUAUUCAUUCAGAAAGUUGUACCAGAAACAGAUCAGCUGUUUGUACGUCUUGCUAGUAAUGGUAAAAGAGUGUGUGUGAUCAAAUCUGUAGACUCCACCACAAUUAGUGGGUUCUGUGUGCAUGAGUGUGAAGGAAGCAGCCGCAUGGGAUCAAGGCCAAGGAGAUAUAUUUUUACUGGUCAUUCCAAUGGGGCCAUCCAAAUGUGGGAUCUUACAACUGCCCUUGAACUCAGUAGUAAGGGUGAAUCAGGAGUAGCAGUCCAUGGCGGUCCAGAGCCAACAGAAUUACUACGACUGUUGGAUGUGUGUGACCUGAGCAAUUCCUACUGUACCACACCUUGCCUCUCACCAUCACCUCUCACACCAGCUAACAUCCCUCCACCUCAUCAGCGACCAUUUCCAAAUGCAAGUUAUCUUCAUUAUGGGUUGAACUCUUAUCUACAUCAACCAAGCAACAGUUAUGUGAUUAGUCCGUCAACUAGUGGUGGGACACAAGCACAGCCACACCCUGGCCCAUUGUUGAAACCAGCUAAUGUGGCAUUCCUCUCUCAUAAUCAAGCUUCAUCAUCUAGAAAUAAUCCUCCAAGUGCUUCCAAUGAUGAUGAUGAUGAAGGAACAGCAUGUUGAUGGUUUUCUUCAGUUAUGGUUGCCAAAGUUGCUCAGAAUAUAGUUAGUUGAUUGCCAUAACCCAACUUCUCUUAUAACUCAUAAGAUUUAAGGCUGGAAGUUCAAUUGCAGUUGUGCUAAUUCAGUAUUUCAGAUAAAUGUUUUUAGCUUAGUUUGUAAAGGACAUUCAUGGGAUAUAAAAUAUGUAUAUGAUCAAUUGGUAAGUUUACCAUAUUCUAUAUAAUGUUUGUUUCCAUGAACAGUAUGUAGAAUCUCACAGCCAUGAAAUAAUUGUACUUAUGUGUUUAUGCAUAUAUAUAUAUAUAUAUA